AUGCCAUUUAGUGUUAUGCAUACUCCUGUUGACCAGCGAGUCACUCGUAGCCGUGGCGCUGUGCAAAGCGCUGCUCGCGCUGCUGCCACCAGAAACUUUGAGGCUCGCACCGACCUCACGCGCGACUUCCAGCACGAAGAAGAUCAUGCCGAACCCCACGCUCUCGAUUGCUUGGUCAACGAGCAUGAGGAAGAGGAAAGACCGAAAAUGGCCGCCACCGGGUCGCACCCGGCCACGCCUUCGACAGGAGCCGCUCCCGUCGAGGCUACCGCGAGCGCUUCUCGCCAUGCCGCAAGCGCCGCCGCCACAUCAGCCGCCGCCGCGGGCCCUGGAUCCCCCCGCAACAAUGACGCCGCCGUGGCCCAGGUCCACAGGACCCUGCAAGCCCUAGUGCACUCUCUAGGCUCCCAACAUCAGCUCCAAUCGCAGAUUGCCGAGCUUGAACGCGAGAUAAACGCUGCCCUUCGGCUCAUCCCGGACAGGGGCCGCUCACAUGGUUCGUUACGCGCGCACGAGACCCAGUCGCCUUCUCGUGACCUUGCGACCGAUUUUUCUUUGCUCGCUCCCUCGCCCGCGGCGCACCCGACUGCCCGCGAUGGCGAAGUGGCGUUUGGCCUGGCCUCCAAUCGCCCUCUACCCCGGCUCCCGAGAGAGCCCGUGCACGAAUCGCUCUCUCACGACUCUCGUUAUCGUCAUGGCUACAAGACAGAACAAGACAGAAGGAGGGAAGUGGAACGACCGAGAGCUGAAAGCAAAGCUGUGCAACCCCGACAACAAAAUCACGACGGCACGCANAACAACACAAGAGAACAAGCUACAUUCAUCGGCUUCUAUCAUGCCAAGAAGUACAAGCGCGAAGAAUCACGCACAUAG